GAAUCUGGUGGCGCGAGCCGCGGGGAGAGCGCUGGGGGAGACGCGGCGUUCGGCGGCGCGAGGCAGAACAGAUGAGAGCCCGGAUCAUCUGAAAGACGUGUUCUGCCCCUUCCCCGGACUCACCUGUUGCCUGAGAUUGUGUCAAGGCCCCCAUCCCAUCAGCCUUCACCAUGCAGCGAACAAUCAUGUCGUUCUUCCAACCCAUGAAGGGGGACAGGGCGAAGAAGGAGGAGAAGACGCCGGCCGAAGGAAGUAAAGCGACAGAGCCCCCGCCGAAGGCGACCCUCAAGGAGCGGAGCGGCGUGGAGCCCGCCGGCGACUCCCCCGUGAAGCGGCCCGGCAAGAAGACGGUGCGGGCCCUGGGGAGCGAGGGCGAGGAGGAGGACGACGACGAGAUCCGGGCGGAGGAGGAGCCGGAAGGCGUGCAGCCGGCGGCCGAGGCCCCACCCCAGGCAAGCCUCCGACAGGAACCGGCCUCGACCUCGGCCUCCCCCAGGGAACCGUCGGGUCCAGCUGCCUCACCCGUGGUGUCACCAUCCAGCAGUCUGGUCCUGUCCGAAUCUCCCGGAGUCUCCCCUUCAGGCAGCUCCCCAUUAAGCAUCCCCAAACGUCGCACUGCCCGGAAGCAGUUACCCAAGCGUAAACUGGGAGAGUCACCAGAUAGUGAAGAAGCGGGCGUCUCCCCCCAGGGAGAGAGUGAAGCCAAGAAGAGCAAGAAAGAGGAAGAACCGAGAGAGCCUGCCGAGGAAGGGGAGAGGGCAGCGGCGGUGAAAGCGGGGAGCCCUGAAGAGAAGCCGGGCAAGGUGGCGGGGACGGGGCGAACAGAGAGGGACGAGAAGAAGCAGCCCAAACUGCGCUCGUCUGUCAGCAGCUUCUUCGCCCCUUUAAAGCCGGCGGAGAAGGGGGCGGAAAAGGAGAAUGCCCUGGCGAAGAAACCACAGGAGACAGUAACGAGCAGCUCCCCGAGCCCCCCGGACCUCCCAGAUCCAGCUAGCUACAGCCCUUCCAAGCCUAACUAUCACCCCACACAGGAUGCCUGCUGGCGGCACGGGCAGAGGGUUCCCUACCUCGCUGUGGCCCGGACCUUCGAGAAAAUCGAAGAAGUGUCAGCCAGGCUCCGCAUCAUAGAGACCCUCAGCAACCUGUUCCGCUCGGUCAUCUCCCUGUCACCGGCGGACCUGCUCCCCUGCAUCUACCUCUGCCUGAACCGUUUGGGCCCGGCCCACGAGGGGCUGGAGCUUGGGGUCGGGGACACGGUGCUGCUCAAAGCCAUCGCCCAGGCCACCGGCCGACAGCUGGACGCGGUGCGGGCGGAGGCGGCGGAACGGGGGGACGUGGGGCUGGUGGCGGAGAGCAGCCGGAGCACCCAGCGCACCGUGUUCGCCCCCGCCCCCCUCACGGUCACCGGAGUCUUUGCCAAGCUCAAAGAGAUCGCCAAGAUGGUUGGCAAUGCGUCCAUGAACAAGAAGAUCGAGGUCAUCAAAGGCUUGUUUGUGGCCUGCCGGCAUUCGGAGGCUCGCUUCAUCGCCCGGUCUCUGAGCGGGAAGCUGCGCAUCGGACUGGCCGAACAAUCCGUCCUGGCGGCCAUCGCCCAGGCUGCCACGCUCACUCCCCCGAGUCAAGGGUACCCACCCGAAGUGCCGGACGCCGGGAAGGGGAAGUCGGCUGAGGCCCGCAAGGCGUGGAUCGAGGAGAGGGUCAUGAUCGUCAAGCAGACGUUAUGCGAGGUGCCCAACUACGACACGAUCAUCCCCGUGCUCCUGGAGCACGGCGUAGAGAGCCUGCCGGACCGCUGCAAACUGACGCCAGGCGUCCCCUUGAAGCCGAUGCUGGCGCACCCCACCAAGGGGGUCGGGGAAGUGCUGAAGCGCUUCGAGGAGGCGGCCUUCACUUGCGAGUACAAAUACGACGGGCAACGGGCUCAGAUCCAUAUCCUGGAGAGUGGCGAAGUGCGAAUCUACAGCCGCAACCAGGAGGACAACACCGCCCGCUAUCCCGACGUCAUCGCCCGCGUCCCCAAGAUGAAGAAGGCGUCCGUCACCUCCUGCAUCUUGGACACGGAAGCCGUGGCCUGGGACCGGGACCGGAAGCAGAUCCAACCUUUCCAGGUCCUCACCACACGCAAGCGCAAGGAGGUGGAUGCGGCCGAGAUCAAGGUGCAGGUCUGCAUCUACGCCUUCGACAUCAUUUACCUCAACGGGGAGUCGCUGGUCCGCCAGCCCCUCUCCCGCCGCCGCCAACUGCUGCACGAGCACUUCCUGGAGACGGAGGGAGAGUUCGUCUUCGCCACCGCCCUCGACUCGGCCGACACGGACCAGAUCUCGGAGUUCCUGGAGCAGUCUGUGCGAGACUCCUGCGAGGGCUUGAUGGUGAAGACGCUGGAUGUGGAUGCCACUUACGAGAUCGCCAAACGGUCCCAUAACUGGCUCAAGCUGAAGAAGGACUACCUGGAAGGGGUCGGAGACACCCUGGAUCUGGUGGUGAUCGGCGUCUACCUGGGCCGGGGCAAGCGGGCCGGCCGCUACGGGGGCUUCCUGCUGGCCGCCUACGACGACGAGGGGGAGGAGUACCAGGCCGUGUGCAAGCUGGGGACGGGCUUCAGCGACGAGGAGCUGGACAGACAUCACCGGACCCUCCAGGACCACGUGCUCCCCGCCCCGCGGCCCUACUACCGCUGUGACGGCAGCGUGGCCCCUGAUCACUGGGUGGAGGCCGCCGAAGUCUGGGAGGUCAAGUGCGCCGACCUGUCCCUCUCGCCCAUCUACCCCGCGGCUGUGGGCCUGGUGGACAGCGAGAAGGGCAUCUCUUUACGUUUCCCCCGGUUCGUCCGCGUCCGCAGCGACAAGAAGCCGGAAGAGGCCACGACCAGCGCCCAGGUGGCCUCUCUGUACCAGAAGCAGCAGCAGAUUCAGAACCAGCAGGGGUCGGCCCCAGGCUCCGAUCCCGACCCCGAGGACUUUUACUGAUGCCCGUCUCCGACCGGCCUGGGGACGGCGACGUGUGGGGAGAGGGGGGGCGGCACGGUCACGAUAAAGCAGGUGGUCCAGUCGGCCGGCGGCCUGGCCUCAGUC